AUGCUGCCCAAUGGUUUUAAUUACCUCAGUACGGUGUUAGCUGCACAGCAGCAGUUGCUUUUUGCGCAACGUGGAGGUAAUUUUUUAUUUUUGAAAAAAUCACAAAAAAAAUAAAUUGAAAAAAUCGCGCUUGUCAAAGGCGCACGUCAUCGCCUCGAGACCUACGGUACACACCCCGUGCGUCUUCCACCCUACAGUAUGAAAUAUUUUUGUUUUUUUUAGAAAAUUAUUUUUACUCGUGAAAAACCUAGUUAUUUUCCAGUUGUGCCGAUAAACGCAGUGCCAGGUUUACCAAUUGGUAUUCCAUUACCAGCUUCUACACCAACCCGUCCUUCACCAAUGCUUGUUCCACCAGGAAUGGGAGCCGAAGACUCAGCAACCACUGAUUCGCCAGAUUCUGAAUGGACUGAGCAUAAACACACAGAUGGAAGGAUUUAUUAUCAUAAUCGGGUGACCAAGCAGAGUUCUUGGGUGAAACCGGAUGCGUUGAAAAGUGCAGAUGAGGUAAGAGAAGGUUUUUUGAAGAGAAAUUAUGAUUUUAAUAUUAUAAUCUCGAUAAACACGCUAUUUUAAAACAAUAGAAAGAGGGACAAAUCGAGAGUUUGAGAGAGGGAAAAGAAGCUAGAAACACAGCUGAAAUAGUACUACAGUACGCCAUUUUACCAUUAGCUGGCGCACAGCCAAGUGUGGUCUUGGCGCGAUUUCUCUGCACUCUCUCUUUUUAGUGGAUUCUCGAUUUGUCCGUUCAAAAUCAGCGUGUAAAAACUAUUUAGUAAUGUAAAAAUUUUGUUUCAAAAGAAAAGGAAAAUGUUGAUACGUGAAUUUAAUGACGCAGCAGUUUAAAAAUCGAUUUUUAAAUCAUUUCUAAUUAUUUAAAUACCACUAGUUAUGACGUGGCAUUAUUGAGCGGUGAAUAGUCAUAAUAAAAAUUGAUAUGAUGUAGCAAAGUUCAGCUCAAAAGGUAGAAAAAGAGGAUAACUCUUUUGGAAAUUAUAUCAUGAGUUAUACCGUGGCAAAUAUGUUUUAUUUUUUCUAGAAAUCUCAGCCAGUUUGGCGCGAAUAUCAAACCGAAGAUGGAAAAUCGUAUUAUUAUAAUUUGGCGACCAAAAAAACAACGUGGACAAAACCAGAAGGAGAAGAGAUUGCUAGUGAGUUUCUUUCAUCUUAAAUGUUUAUCCGACAAAUUCAAAUUUUUCAGAAUUCGAUCAAAAAUCCUCUUCCUCUGCAGCAGCUUCUUCCUCAACUCCGGCUGAAAAAUCCACAGCUGAAACUUCUGAAAAACCGGCUGAAAGCAAAAUGAAACAGGAGGAAUCUGAGAUGGAAAAAGCGAUGAAAGCAACAUUGGCAUCGAUGAUAAAUGUUCCACUUCCAGCUGAAAAAUCGGGAAAAAAUGAGGAGAUUUUGGCGACGAAUGAUGAAGGAGAAUUGAAAAAAAGACAGGCGGAGAGAUUUCGAGAUUUGUUGAGAGAUAAAUAUAAUGAUGGUGAGCAAGGGGGUGAUUAUAGAUUUUUGGUCAGGGAAACUCAAAUCUAUGAACACAUUCGAGAAAAUUUGAAUAUACACAAUUUUUGAAUCAGAAACAUUUUGAAGUUACCACAACUUGAAGAACCGUAAUUUAUCUCAAUCUCAAAGUUAUCAAAUACCCUGGGGGUUGAUUUUUUUAUUAUAGGAACAUCUCUGAGUUAAGAUAACUUGAUGAUAAACAAAAUAUUGAAUUUUGCAAUCAAUAGCUUUUACUAUCUGAUUUGGAUGGAUUUCUAUUAAGUUAUCUUAAAUCAAAUAUAUUUUACAAGCCCAAAAAAUCAAAUGUUCCUUUCUUGAAUAUGAAUUUCUAAAUUUAAAUUUUUCCUUGUUUUCCAGGCAAAAUUUCAACAACUUGCAAUUGGGAUCAAGCUGUCAAAUUCAUCCAAAACGACCCACGUUUCCGAAUUUUGACCAAAGUUUCCGAGAAAAAACAACUUUUCAACGCGUGGAAAGUUCAGCGACAAAAAGAAGAAAGGGUUCGUUUUUUUGCAGUUUAUCAUUUUUUUUUUCUUUAA